AUGGCAUCGCAGCAAUCAGAGAUCACGGAUCUUUCCAAUCUCGGAGUGGUGACCACUGGCUUCUCGGCAUUCAUCGCAGACCACCCCAACGCCCAGCGAGCCAUCCAGCAGAAGUGGAACGACACGAGACACGCUUACCAGGCACAUCAGGUUGCGCAACAGGUUCCCACGGGUAAUCCUCUUGCACAGCAGGUUGUUGCUGAUUUGCAAGGGCAGCAACAACAGCAACAGCACCAGCCACAGACGCUGUAUGCUGGACAACAGCAACAGCUUCAGCCUCAACAUCAGCAGCUUCAUCCUCAGCAACAACAACCUCAGACCCAAUAUGUUAUCCAACAGCCCCAGAAACACCAGCACCAGCCCGAAUGCCAGCCUCAACAACAACAAGGGCAGCCUCAGAGGCAAUAUUUCACACCUCAGCCUCAGCCACAACAACAACAGCAGCAGCAGCAGCAGAAGCAGCUCCAGACUCACCGUAUUGCUCCGCAUCCUCAACCACAAAUCCAACAUCUGCAACAGGAGCCUCAAACCCAUUAUGAUGAACAGGGUACUGAGCCACAAUUUCAGCCUCUACAGCAGCCACUUCAACAACAGCAAUUGCAACAGAAGCAGCCUCAAAUCCAGUAUGUUGAACAGCUGCCUCAGCCACAAGCCCAACCUCAGCAGCAGCCAGCUCAGCAACAGCAACAUCAACUCCAACAACAGCAGCCUCAACAACAGACCCAACAACCUACGCAGCCUCAUACGCAAGCUCAGACGCAGUUUCUUACGCAACAGCACUCUUCUUCCUCCCCCAUACCCACAGUUGGACAGUUCAUUAGUACUCCUCCACCCGAGACUCCUCCCGUUCCCACAACAGAUCGUCUGAGUCACCUGUUGGCAGAGUAUCGCUCUGUCGGAUUGGAGUGGAGGGACGCGCUGAACAAGCUUGGAUCGUUGGAGUUCAAACAUCGUUCUCUUGAGCAACAGCUCAUUGCCAUGGGACAUGUUCCUGCCAUGCAAGAUGUUUUUGGUCCCAAGGCUGGCUAG